AUGGAUGAGCACUUAAUUUCUACUAUUAACAAGCUUCAGGAUGCCUUAGCCCCUUUAGGAGGCGGAUCUCAAUCUCCUAUUGAUUUACCUCAGAUCACUGUUGUCGGUUCUCAGUCAUCAGGAAAGUCGUCCGUUUUGGAGAAUAUUGUUGGUAGGGACUUCUUGCCAAGAGGUACUGGUAUUGUGACUAGGAGACCUCUAGUUUUGCAAUUGAUUAACAGAAGACCAAAAAAGUCAGAACAUGCUAAAGUGAACCAAGCUGCCAAUGAACUGAUUGAUUUAAACAUUAACGACAAUGACAAAAAAAAGGAUGAGGUGGAAGAGCAGCAACAUAAUGGGCAAUCCGAAGAUAAUAAGGAGGAAUGGGGUGAAUUCCUGCAUUUGCCAGGUAGGAAAUUUUACAAUUUUGAUGAUAUUAGACAGGAAAUCAUCAAGGAAACCGAUAAAGUUACAGGUGCCAAUUCAGGAAUUUCCUCCGUGCCCAUUAACUUGAGAAUUUAUUCUCCCCAUGUUUUAACUUUAACAUUAGUUGAUUUACCUGGGUUGACGAAGGUUCCUGUAGGCGACCAACCUCCUGAUAUUGAAAGACAAAUCAAAGAUAUGCUUUUGAAGUAUAUUUCCAAACCAAAUGCUAUCAUAUUAUCAGUUAAUGCCGCUAACACCGAUUUGGCUAACAGUGAUGGUUUGAAGCUGGCCAGGGAAGUCGAUCCAGAGGGAACGAGAACUAUUGGUGUUUUGACCAAAGUUGAUUUGAUGGAUCAAGGUACAGAUGUCAUAGAUAUUUUGGCUGGAAGAGUCAUUCCCUUGAGAUAUGGUUACAUCCCAGUUAUCAAUAGAGGUCAGAAGGAUAUAGAACACAAAAAAACAAUCAGAGAAGCUCUUGAAAACGAAAGAAAAUUCUUUGAGAACCAUCCAUCCUACAGUUCUAAAGCACAUUACUGUGGUACACCAUAUUUGGCUAAAAAAUUAAACUCAAUCUUGUUACAUCACAUUAGGCAAACUUUGCCGGAGAUCAAAGCUAAGAUCGAGGCUACACUGAAGAAAUAUCAAAACGAACUCAUAAAUUUGGGCCCAGAAACUAUGGAUUCAGCUAGUUCCGUCGUUUUGAGUAUGAUUACCGAUUUUUCUAAUGAAUAUGCUGGCAUUUUGGAUGGUGAAGCCAAAGAACUUUCCAGUCAAGAACUUUCUGGUGGUGCAAGAAUAUCCUAUGUAUUCCAUGAAACUUUUAAAAAUGGUGUAGAUUCUCUGGAUCCAUUCGAUCAGAUCAAAGAUUCUGACAUUCGAACCAUCAUGUACAAUAGUUCAGGUUCGGCCCCAUCCUUGUUUGUUGGUACAGAAGCCUUUGAAGUUUUAGUUAAACAGCAAAUUAGAAGGUUUGAAGAACCGUCUUUACGUUUAGUUACUUUGGUGUUCGAUGAACUAGUUCGUAUGCUGAAACAGAUUAUCUCUCAACCGAAAUACUCAAGAUAUCCUGCUUUAAGAGAAGCGAUUUCUAAUCAAUUCAUUCAAUUUUUAAAGGAUGCUACUAUCCCUACAAACGAAUUUGUUGUCGACAUAAUCAAAGCUGAACAGACCUACAUCAAUACAGCCCAUCCGGAUCUUUUGAAAGGUUCUCAAGCAAUGGUUAUGGUAGAAGAAAAAUUGCACCCUCGCCAAGUCACUGUUGAUCCUAAGACUGGUAAACCUUUACCAGCUCAACCACCAUCUAGUAAGCCACCAGCUAUGGAAGAAAAAUCGGGAUUUUUUGGCGGCUUCUUCUCCACUAAAAAUAAAAAGAAAUUGGCAGCCUUAGAAUCCCCCCCUCCUGUUUUGAAAGCUACUGGCCAAAUGACGGAGAGAGAGACAAUGGAAACAGAAGUGAUCAAGUUGUUAAUUAGCAGUUAUUUUUCUAUUGUCAAAAGAACCAUUGCUGAUAUUGUACCAAAAGCUUUGAUGCUCAAAUUGAUCGUGAAAAGUAAAACUGAUAUUCAAAAAGUUUUACUCGAAAAACUCUAUGGGAAGCAAGAUAUUGAAGAAUUAACCAAAGAGAAUGAUAUAACUAUUCAACGGAGAAAAGAAUGUAAGAAGAUGGUCGAAAUAUUGAGAAAUGCCAGUCAAAUUGUCUCCUCUGUAUAA